AUGACACAGCCACAGCACCAGUCCAGUCACCAGACCGGGGCUGGAUUUAGGUGCGGUCUUAAAAUUUCUCCUAAUUCCAAAAACAGUAAAGAUGUGGUUCAACAUUAUAGUAAAAAGAAAUUUAUUUUUGGUGUUUUUAUAUUGUUCCUCGUAGCUGUUUUAUGGGUAGUUUCAUCAGAAUUGACAAAGUAUUUAUAUAAUGAAAAGAAAAUAGAAAGACCUUUUCUUAUUACCUAUGUGCGCAGUUCACUGUUAUUUGUUUAUUUGAUAGUGCUAUGCUUUUCACCUCCGACAAGAGAUCCAUGUCGACCUGCUGAUUAUACGCAAUUAUUAGAGCCGACUCCUGAGACCGAUGAUGAAACAUACUACAAUGAGGCAACCAGCAGCUUGGGAGACUCAACCUUUGUUCCUGUGCGAACUGGUGAAACUACUGACAGUGAUGAUGCUGCUCCCAGAGCUGUGCGGUUCAAUAAAGUGGCUGAGGUGCGCGUGAUGUCAGCGGCAAUGGCGGGCGAGGCGCUGUUGGCUCGCCUCUCGUGGGCAGCGUCCGUCCGGGCCACAGAGCACGCGCAGCGGCGCGCCGCCGCCGCCGCGACGAAGCGCCAUCUGCGGCUGGCGCUACUCUUCGCCGUGCCGUGGUUCCUGUCGAACUACCUGUACCGUCUGAGCCUGCUGCACACGUCGUCAAGCUCGGCGCUAGUGUACACCUCGACGGCGGGCGCGUUCGCGCUGUCUCUGGGCGCGAUAUUCGCCCAAGCGCCCACCGACCGCUUCACUGUGCCGAAGUGCGUCGCAGUUCUGCUCACCGCGGCGGGUCUCGUGAUGCUGGGCCUAUCGGAAAGCCAUCAAACUAAUUGGACGGCGGUGCUAUCGGCUGUGGGGUCGGCCCUUUGCUACGCAAUGCACCUGUUGAUGUUCAGACAGGAGUUGAGGAAGGGCGAUGGCAUCAACUCAGUCCUACUCUGCGGUGUCGUCGGAUGCGCUUGCGGUUGCAUGGCGUGGCUGAUGGGCGGCGUGCUGGCAGCCACUGGGCUUGAGAAGGCGGAACUUCCUCCACCCAAAUUGUGGAGCUGGCUGCUGAUAGAUGCUGUGCUAGGGCCGCUACUUCUCGACUCGCUGUGGAUUUGGGGCAAGUCGCUGACGUCCCCGAAGACGGCCACCGGCAUGCUGGCGCUGAGCGUGCCGCUCGGCGCGUGCGCGGAGCUGUGGCGGGGCGCACAGGGCGCGGGCGCGUGGCGCCUGUUGGCCGCCCUGCUGUGCGCCGCCGGCUGGGCGAGCGCCGCCCUCGAGCUGCGUGUGCCCGCGCCCUUGGACUGGCUCGCGGCCCGCAUGCGCGCCGCCGAGGGCUUCUCGACUAUACGGAAUAUAGCAGAAUUGGACGAACAAUCAGAAGCACUCAUGUCGUCAGAUGAGCCCACG